GAAUUUAAUACAAGUAGUAUGCUACUGCUGUUGUUCAUUGACCAAUUAAAACCUAGCCAACCAUGAAAAUAAUCUAUUGUUCUAAUGUUAGUCCAGAAAAUCUUAUAUCACACACACACACACACCUAUGUUGACAUAUAUGUACAUGCAUACACACACACACACACAUGUGUGUGUGUAUAUAUAUAUGCCCAAUUAGUUUCUACAUACGUUUCAACCAUUUCUUUCUCUUGGAAGUCUAAGAGAGAGAAGGGCUUGAAUAUAUUUCUCAUGAACUGUGGAGUCGUAUUGGGUUUCUAUUGUUGGGGUUGGGAGUUCUUAACUGCUCUUCUUCUCUUCUCUUCUCUUCUCCACUCCUUUACUUAAUUAGUAAUUAAAAAAAAAAUUUCACACACUACUCUUUUUCUCUUUUUCUUUCAAUAUGGAGUUCUCUACUGAGUGCCAUGAAAAGGGUUUGUUAGAGUAUGCAAGAAAAUCAACACCACCACCAUUUUUAUUGAAGACAUACAUGCUCGUGGAAGAUCCGGCGUCGGACGAGGUGAUAUCGUGGAACGAGGAGGGGACGGGGUUCGUGGUGUGGCAGCCGGCGGAGUUUGCCAGAGAUCUCCUCCCAAAACUCUUCAAGCACUGCAAUUUCUCAAGCUUUGUUAGGCAACUCAACACCUAUGGUUUUCGUAAGGUGGCAACAAGUCGAUGGGAGUUUUCAAACGACAAGUUUCAAAAGAACAAAAGAGAUCAACUAUCUCUAAUCCGACGAAGAAAAGCAUGGUCCAACAAACCCAACAAGUCCACACCACUACUACUACAACAACAACAACAACAACAACUAGACCCUGAUCAAGAAGAUCAUCAAGAGUUCAAUAUUGUUGUUGAUGAAGAACAAAGGUCAUCUUCAUCGACUUCAAAUUCCUCAUCCUCUGAAUUCACGACGCUUGUCGACGAGAACAAGCGUCUCAAGAUGGAAAAUGGGUUGCUAAACAAUGAGCUUAGUAGCAUGAGAAACAAGAGCAAACAGCUUCUUGAUUUGGUUACUAAGUAUGCUAAUCAUUUGGACAAAAAUCAUGAUCAUGAAGAUGAUUAUGAUGAGAGGCCUAAGUUGUUUGGAGUAAGAUUGGACGUUGAAGGGGAGAGGAAGAGAUAGAGAGAGUUCAUGAUAUUAUUAGUGAAAAUGAAUCAUGCAAGCUCUUUACCAUCUCAAUCAUGCAAAUAAUCAUCAAGACACAAUAAAUUUAAUUACUUGUACGUAUUUGUAGAAUAAGUACUAAAGGGAGCUCCCUGAAAUGAAUAUUGUAGCUUCUCUCUACACAUACAUAUAUGUAUGUAUAGAAGAGAGAGAAGGUACAAUGUUCAUGUGUAAACAAAUGAAAACCGGCCUAGCUAUUUUCACCUA